AUGGAGAAUCUGCUGACGGCGCUGAUGGACGAGUUCCCGAAGAUGCGGCGCCACAAGCCUUUGGUGGUGAUAGGCCUCUGCAGCGCACUGUUCUGCCUCGGCCUCCCCUACUGCACCCCGAAAGGGCACUACGUCUUCUACCUCAUCGACGUCUUCAAGUUCGGCAUAGGAAGUUUGAUGGGAUGCUUCUUCACCUGCGUCACCGUCCACUGGGUGUUUGGUGUCAACAAUUUCAGUGACAUGAUCGACUUCAUGCUGGGCUUCCGUCCGUCCGUCCUCAUGCGCGUUGUCUGGGCCUGCAUCGCUCCCGUCACGCUGCUGGUGGUGUUCGUGGGUUCCUUGCUGCAGUGGCGUUGGCCGCUGUACGCUGGCACCAUCCACUACCCCGUGUGGGCCCUGGUGCUGGGCGCCGCCGUCCCCCUCGUCACCCUCGCUCCCAUCGUAAUCGUCGCCCUUAAGCACGUCAUAAAGCUCGUCUGGAACGGAAGGGGACGCGACAUCCUAAAGCACCAUCACCAAUGGGGUCCAGGUUGUCCCGAGGCCCGUCAACGACUCAACGAAGCCGUGCGACUCACUCGAGAGGCGCAGAGACUCAACACCCGCGUCACAAAGGGCUCCGUCAACAUAGCCUUCGACAGCACCGAUCUGUAGUGUAGCUUGACGAACCUUCGUCGGUGACAAAUCACUCUCUAUUGCAAGCCUUGGUUGAUGUUGUUGUUUUUUGUUGUGUCAAUGCUCAUUUGCGCGC